AUGAACAUUCUAGUCUCUAAGUUCUUCGGGGGUGGACAAAAGCCUCCAGCGACAACUCCACUACCGACCACUGAUUCAAGUGUUCCCGUUUCCACCCCUGGGCAGCUCAACCCUUUCAAUGGACCACCGAUACAUGCACAUCUGCAUCCGUCUUGGCCGCUCGGUUCGCGACUAGCCAUGCAUGUGCAUCUCUCGACCUCGCCGCUAGGCGACGUAUUCUCCAAGAAAUGGACUUCCGGAUAUCGCGGAAAUCCAGAUGCCGAUCUUCCCUCGUUCGUUUGGGAAAAUAUCACCUUUGGAAACUGGUCGGAGACCCGAUUUGCGGAGUAUGAGGUCAAACUUCCGCAGGUUGUUCAGCACAAUGGAUCUCUAUGGGCAGAUGUCUUUCUUGUUAAAGAAGCCGCAAGUCCUGACCCGUCGAGUCCCAACUUCGAACCUUCAUCAGUGCAUCAUAUCCGUAAACUCUUAACUCCAUACCUUCCGAAGAUGAAAGUGCGUAAACAGAAGAAAUUGUUGGGUGCUUCCGAUGAGGUAGACGAAGACUCGGAGCCAUUUCAGCCCGAAGACGACGUCAUAGUUUCUCAUUGGCACCCCAACUUGACAUUGGCUCUGAUAUCCCAGAGUCCGGUCCUGCCCUACUCGCAGCUGCCGCCACCUAUCGCCGAACAUGUUCACCUUGUUCCGGAAGCACGAGAUCAGACUGGAACAAUUGGAUAUUACAAACCCAUCGUGUACCCCAACGACUUCUGGCACCUGCGCGAGCAGUACAUCGAGAUUAAUACUACUACACCAACUCUUCCUCUGCAGAUCGUCUUCCAACCGAUGUCGUACCUCAAAUUCCAGAUGUUCGCAAGUCUGUCUGUGGGAUUUGCAGAGGCUGCCAAGAAACAAGGCAGCGGAGCUGAACUUGACGAGAUAAAGAGGAUGUUGACAGAGACAAAUCCUUACUUCUUGGCUUUAACGGGGAUAGUUAGUGUCCUACAUAUGGUCUUCGAAAUGCUCGCGUUCAAGAACGACGUGUCUCAUUGGCGUAAUAAAAAGGAGCUUGUCGGAGUUUCGGUUCGGACGAUCGUCACCAACGUGUUCGUACAGAUCGUGAUUCUGCUUUACCUAUUGGACAACAACAAGGACACAAGCUGGAUGAUAAUCAUGAGCUCUGGCAUGGGUGUCCUGAUAGAAGCUUGGAAGAUCACUAAAGCUGUGGACAUACAAAUCGUGCCAUCACCUGCCGGGUCCACGUUGCCUUAUAGAGUGGACAUCAAGGACAAACACGCGUUGAGCGAUGACGAGAAGAAGACCCAGGAAUAUGAUCAACUGGCAUUCCGCUAUGUGUCAUAUGUGACAAUUCCCUUGCUAGCUGGUUACAGCAUUUAUUCGCUCCUGUAUGAGUCGCAUCGGGGCUGGUACAGCUUCGUGAUCUCGACCCUUACCUCGUUCGUAUACAUGUUCGGAUUUGCGCAGCUCGUCCCGCAACUCAUCAUCAACUACAAGCUCAAGAGCGUUGCACAUAUGCCCAUGAAAGCGAUGAUAUACAAGACCUUAUCUACCGUUGUGGAUGACCUCUUUGCUUUCUGUAUCAAGAUGCCGAUCCUUCACCGACUAGCAUGUUUCCGUGACGAUGUGGUAUUCCUCAUCUUCCUGUAUCAGCGCUGGAUAUAUAGGAUAGACCCGAAGCGGGUCAAUGAAUAUGGGCAGAUCAUGGAGAACGAAUCAGCGGCCGCAGAGGGGAUGGGGUCAGAAAGGGCUGCUGAAUCAAAGAAGACGCGAUGA